AUGCGUUUGAAAAGUUACAUCCUCCCAUUCACCCUCCUGACCUCCAUCGGUGCUGCGCAGCCAUGCUCCACAGACGAAGACUGCAGUCUCAACGGCCUCUGCACACCGACCCCAAGUAGCAACAACAACCAAACCGCAACCUGCAUCUGUGAUCCAGGCUGGAUUGGCCCCGACUGCGGCCGUCUUGAUCUCGCGCCCGCAACACGCUGGACGGGCUACAACCACACCAACUUCACAUCCCCCACUCACUAUGGCACACGCGGCAACUCAUCCUGGGGCGGCCAAAUCCUACAAGACCGCACAGACCCAACGCUCUUCCACCUGAUCGCCGACCAGUUUGCGGGCGGAUGCGGACUCAGCGGCUGGCGCCCGGCAUCGUUCGUCGUGCGUGCUGAGAGCAGGAAUGGACCCCAGGGCCCGUACGAGUGGGCGCAAAACGUCACGGGGAGUUUUCGACACAAUGCGUACGCGUUCUGGAGUGAGGCGGAUGAGAAGUAUCUGCUGUGGGGCAUUGGGGUGGAUAUUCCCGACCCGACAAGUUGCAAAGGGGUGGAUAAAAAGUCGUGGCCAAAUAAUAUCUCCGUGUCUGCUGCGCCUGAUAUGAACGGACCGUGGACACCCUUUCAGGUUCUCGUGAACGGAACAAAUCCCGCGCCGUUCCCUGCGUACUCUCCCGAAAUGCCCACCUCGGAGAUCGUCCUCGCAGCUGAAGACCUGAAGAUUUAUGUCGCCAACACAUGGAAUGGCAACUACGAGCUGAUAAACACUGCUCCUUGGAACACUACAGACUACAGUCCCACCUGGACCGAAGACCCCUUCAUCUGGCGCGACAAGCGAGGGCACUGGCACGCGCUCGCACAUUGGAUGAUCGACAUCGCUGAGAAAGGGGUAAAAUACCCGCGUGUGGGGGCACACAUGUACUCGCGGACGCUGGAGGGGAAAUGGAAUUUCAAGGUAAAUGAGGCGUAUAAUUCGACAGUGAUGUUUACGGAUGGGUCGGUGGAGACGUUCAAUCGGCGAGAGAGGCCAAAAUUAUAUUUCAGCGAUGACGGGGAGAUGACACCACUGUAUAUGAUCAAUGGAGUGCAGCCGUUGGGAACGACGGUGCUUAGUUACACUCUGAUACAGCCGAUUGGCACGGCGUGGAAGGGCUAUGAGGAAGCUCUUGGCUUUUGA